CGUUUGUGAAAUGUACAGUUUUGCGCGCGAGACUUCCUGUGAGUGAGACCUGUUUUCCAGCUCGCAGAGCUUCAGUUGGAGCCUGAGUUUCUCCCGGUUGCAGUGGUGGUGGUGGUUGUUGAGCUCUGCAUGAUGAACUGUGAGCUGUUGGCGACUUGCAGUGCUCUCGGGUAUUUGGAGGGCGAGAAAUACCACAAAGAGCCUGACUGCUUGGAGAGUGUAAAAGACCUGAUUCGCUACCUGAGGCAUGAGGAUGAGACAAGGGACAUCAGGCAGCAGCUGGGAGCCGGUCAGAUCCUCCAGAAUGACCUGUUACCCAUCAUAACUCAGCAUGGACAGGACAAACCUCUGUUUGAUGCCUGCAUCAGGCUCAUGGUGAACUUGACCCAGCCUGCCCUUCUCUGCUUUGGAAAAAUCCCAGAUGAUGCCACUUACCGACACCAUUUCCUCCAGUUGGUGACUUAUUUACAAGGAUAUAAGGAGGCGUUCGCCAGUGAGAAAGUGUUUACAGUCCUGAGUGAGACGCUGUACAACCUGCUGCAGUUGGAUUGGGAACAGAGGCAGGAAGAGGAUAACUUAUUGAUUGAGAGGAUUUUGCUCCUUGUCAGGAAUGUGCUGCAUGUCCCUGCUGACCCCACUGAGGAAAAGAAUGUGGAUGAUGAUGCCAGUGUACACGAUAAGCUGCUGUGGGCGAUCCACAUGAGCGGAAUGGACGACCUGCUGAAGUUCCUGGCCAGUGCUCAGAGUGAGCAGCAGUGGAGCAUGCAUGUACUGGAGAUCAUCUCACUUAUGUUUAGAGAUCAGACUCCUGAGCUGCUGGUGAGUGCAGGACAGAGUCGCUCCAUACAGGAGAAACAGAAAGACACGCAAGAGCUUGAAGCUCUCAGACAGAAAGAGCUGGCAGAGAAACGGAGCCGCACGCUCCAGAGAGGAACCAGGCACUCACGUUUUCGAGGCUCAUAUGUAGUCCAGGGAUUAAAGUCUAUUGGUGAGAACGAUGUCAUUUUCCAUCAAGGACUCCACAACUUUAAGAACUAUUCUCAUGACUCUGGGAAGGCCGUGAGGCGUGUGCCCAAGCGUAAACAGGCAGCACGAGACACCGAGACCCAGCGCCGCUCCGUCCUGAACGUGCGGAUCUUCCUGCGCGAGUUCUGCGUCGACUUCCUGGAGAACUGCUACAAUAGACUCAUGUACCUUGUCAAGGAGUCAUUAAUUCGUGAACAGGGCCAGCAGCAUGAUGAGACGUAUUACCUGUGGGCUCUGAAGUUCUUCAUGGCCUUUAACCGCGGAAAUGGCUGCAAGCCUGAGCUCGUGUCCGAGACCCUCUCCAUCCGUACCUUCCACUUCAUAGAGAAGAACAUCACCAACUACUAUGAGAUGAUGCUCACUGACCGCAAAGAGGCUACAUCCUGGUCUCGCAGGAUGCAUUUGGCUUUGAAGGCCUACCAAGAACUUUUGAUGACUGUAAAUGAAAUGGAUCACUCUAAAGAUGAGAACAUCCACCAGAGUGCAAAUGUUAUCAAGAGUAAUAUCUUCUAUCUGAUGGAGUUCCGGGAGAUUUUCCUCACCCUCUUGCGGAAGUUUGAUGCGAGAAUGCAGCCGCGUUCAUUUCUGCGUGAUCUGGUAGAAUCCACGCAUCUGUUCUUGCGCAUGCUCGAACGUUUCUGCAAGGGCCGAAACAACCUGCUUGUACAGAAAAAGAAGACAAAAAGGAGAAAAAAGAAAAAUAAUUCACUUGCACAGAUGGAGAACACUCCAGAAGCACUGGAGGAAACAUGGCAAAUCGUGUCUCAGGAGCUCAGGACCUCUGGCUUUCAGUUAUCAGAAAGUCUCCGAGAGGGUGCUGUGCCCUUUGAUGCUGCUUCUGAGGUUCCUGUUACUGAGCAGCGGACUGAAGCCAUGAUUCGUAUCCAGGAUGCUUUGCUCGCCCGCACUGGCCCGGAAGCACUCGGGUUACUGCGUGCUGCACGUGAAGUGUGGCCAGAGGGAGAUGUAUUCGGUUCUGCUGAGGUGGAACCUGAAGAAGAGCUUGAUCUUCUGAAGCAGAUUCUCUUUGCUGAACUUCCCAGGCCAGCUCAGGCAGAACCUGCAGUGGAGGAGGAUGAGGCAGAACUAGAUGAGGAAGAAGAACUAGAGACUGUGCGUGUUUCUGAAACGGAGUUCAACUUUUUGGAUUUUAUCAAGAGGUUUGCAAACCCAAAUGUUGUUCAGCCAUAUUUGGUGUUGCUGCGCUCGUACUCAACAAACACACCACAUACCAACCACUGCAUUGCCCGCAUGUUAUACCGCAUUGCUGUGGACCUGAAGAUGGAUGCUUUACUUUUCCAGCUUUCUGUCUUCCACCUCUUCAAUAAAAUCUUCGCUGACCCUGCUGCCUCAGCUUAUAAGGAGCUGGUGACUUUUGCCAAGUAUGCUGUGAACCGGUUCUUCUCUCUCGCUGCCCAGAACAGCAAAGCCUUCAUCGAACUACUUUUCUGGAAGAAUGUUGGUGCUGUGAGACAAAUGACUGAAGGCUACAGUGUAGAUCACGAUGGUGCCAAGAAAAAAGCCAAAUGGACACCAGAGGAGGAAGAGGAGCUUCGGCGGUUAUAUGAAGAAUACAAGGAUUCUGGAGUUCCUGACAUUGUGGAGACCCUUCUGCCAUUGCUCAGCACAGACCGCACCAGACGACAGGUGGUGGUCCAGAUGGUAUCUCUGGGUUUGGUGGACAGUGUAAAGGACUUGAAGAAAGAAAGAAAAGGUACUCGUAUUGUGCUCUGGACGGAGGAACAGGAACAGGAGCUGCAGAUGCUCUUUGAGGAAUACAAAGACUCUGAUGAUGUUCUGGGAAAUAUACUGAAGCGUCUGACGGCUAAACGCUCCCGAGCACGAGUCGUGGAUAAAAUCAUCAGCAUGGGCCUGGUUUCUGAGCGCAAAGAUCUGUAUAAGAAACGACGACGCAGUGCUGCUGGGAAAAGCCAGGGAAUGAAUGAGGAAGAUUUUUUUGCCGACCUGAGUGGAGAACCCAGAGAUGAUAUGAUUCACGGGGAUGAGGAAGUACUGGAGGAAGAUGAUGAUGAUGAUGAUGAUGAUGGAGUAGAAGAAGUAAUUAGAGCUGUCCAAGAAAAGAAAGUGAACAGGCGAGAGAGUGUUGUGGAAAAAAACAUCAUUGUGGGAUCUGUGGCUCAGCGCUUACGGGGAGAAGGCAUGUCAGGGCCGAUCUUGUGGCUUCAGAACUGCCUCAACAGAGCAGCAGAUGAUCGGGAAGAAGAUGGUGUUUCUUACCCGACGGCACUGGUUCCUCUGACAGAGGAGAACGAAGAUGCUAUGGAAAACAAAACAUUUCAAAGGCUUCUUCGCAAAGUUGGCAUCCGUGCACCAGCGGAUGAACAGGAGUCUUUCUGGAGGAUCCCUGAAACUAUGAGCAUCUAUCAGCUUCGGUCAGUUGCGGCGUCUCUCGAUCAGGCAGAGGAAAGCGAGGUCGUAGUUCAAGAAGAAACCGAGGCAGGGAUGACGGUGAACGCUGAAUUGGCGCAGAACGAUGAUGAAGGCCAUGACUCCCAGGAGCUCAGAGCUCAGGCACUCCGAGCCCUGUUGCUGGCUCGCCAAAGGAAGCGCUGCUCUGAAGACACAAAAAACGAUUCUUCUGAUGUGGAGGACACUUCUUCUCAAAGCGUAGCAGAAAAUGCUGCUGCUGUUGAAGGGAAAACCUCAGGGAAAAGGAGGCAUGUGUUGGACAGUGACGAGGAUGAAGACGGGGAGGCCGCUCCUUCUCGAGCAAGUGUUGAAACUGAAGGGGGCGAUCACUCAGAUGAGGAAACGCGCUCUGCUCCUGCUAAGCGAAGGUGCCACAGGGUGCUGAGUGAUGAUGAGGAUGACGACUAGAAGCUGUGAACUUGGACCAGCCACCCCACACACACACACACACACACACACACACCAGUAAAAAUCAAUUACUUACUUUAACUGUUAUAUUAAAGUUGACUUUUAAACACCAAUUUAAAACUUCUGUUUAUAUGAGCUACCGUUGAGUAUUAGGUCUGGAGUAAAGCACAACCGUGGUCCUGAUGCUGCAGAUCUAAACAGGUUGGUAAUCUUAACAUAAAUCCCAUUUAGAUAUCCUUCCUUGAAAGGAAGACAUGGUCUAAAGGAAAGUCCAAAUCGAAGGACCUUUUGCUUUGCUGAGAAUAACCUGCAAGCUGUUUGGAGAAGUUCUUGUAGAUUUAAAAUUGUUUCUAGAACAAUUAUAAUUUUAGGAUUUAGAACUCAUGAUGGUGUCUUAAUUUGGGACUCGUGAAGUUUGUGGUUCACAUUCGAGGUCCACCCUCUAGCCUCAACAGAACCAUGCAGCUCUGCUCCACAACACAUUCACAUGCACUAUUGUGACUUCCAUAAAAAUAAAGGUUUAAUAUAUUCAUGUCAUCCACAUAACACUACUAUUUUUUUUUUCUUCCUUGGUUUGAUGGCAUAUCCUUGUUUUGCCUCAGGAAUUACCAUUCGAAGAGACAGGUUCAGUGUUACAGCAUGUAAUUGUCCUUGGUUUGGUGCUAGUUAUAAAAUUGUUUAGUGUUGGAGUUCUUAACUUUAGUACUCUUGUUUUCAGAUUGCGCUCGGUCACUGUGUGAUAGAUGAUGCUAAAGUCUGCAUCUAUUCAAUAAAGUUUGAUUAAAUAUUAAAAA